AAACGCCUUAUUAUGGCAUUUAUCUUGAAGCUCUUUGGAUAUGGAGGGGAUAAGAAGCACAUGGUUGAAAGUCGCUGGCUCACACGCGAUAUUAAUCCGGAACAGUCCUGGGAAAUUCUGAGUGAGCUGGGCGAUGGAGCCUACGGGAAGGUUUACAAGGUACAUCACAAGGAGACUCAAGCACUGGCUGCAGUGAAAAUACUGGAAAUUUUCUCGGAAGAAGCUCUAGAAGAUCAUAUAUCAGAAAUUAAUAUUCUGGGACAGUGUCAACACCCGAAUGUUCUCAGACUCAUAGAGGCAGAUUACUGGGGCCGACAGCUGUGGAUCAUGGUGGAGUUCUGUGCUGGAGGAGCACUUGAUGCUGUCAUGAUAGAGCUGGGCCAUGGACUUUCAGAGAACCAGAUCAGCGUAGCCUGUCAACAGACCCUGCAGGGACUGCAAUACUUACAUUCCCUUAAAAUCAUCCAUAGAGAUCUGAAAGCCGGAAACAUCCUUCUGACACAACAUGGAGAUAUCCGAUUGGCGGAUUUUGGUGUCUCUGCGGUGAACAGCCAGACGUUACAACGCCGUAGCUCUUUUAUCGGAACACCUUAUUGGAUGGCACCAGAGGUUGUGGCUUGUGAGACUUGCAAAGAUGCUCCAUAUGAUUAUAAGGCUGAUGUAUGGUCUCUAGGUGUCACUCUCAUUGAGCUGGCUGAGACUCAGCCACCAAACCAUGAGAUGAACCCUACCCGUGUCUUGCUGAAGAUUCUCAAGUCCAAGCCACCAAGCCUGAAGUAUCGUCAUUUGUGGUCACCAGAGUUUAAGAGUUUUCUCCACAAGUGCUUACAAAGAAACCCGCAGGAACGAUCCUCAGCUAGUGAGCUUCUUGAGCACCCAUUUGUGUCUAGUGUUACUGACAACAGCCCGCUGAGAGAACUAGUGGCUGAGCUCCUGGCAGAUAUCAUGGAGGAGGAAGAAGUGGGGAGUCUGAAGGACAGCAGUUCUGAGAUUGAACUUACGCUUGGAAGUAACAGUACAGAUAACAGUUUGACAGACACCAAAUCUCCAGUAAAGAAGUCUUCUGUCAAAGCAGAGGAUACAUGUACAAGAAAUGGUUUGCACCAGUCUAGUGAAGUUCAAGAAGACCCUGUAAAAGACCUCAGCCAGAAGCCACCAAUUCCAGUACAGAGAGAUAGAAGUUUCUUAAAACAGAUGCGCAGGCGCUCUGCCCCUUCUCUUUCCAAAGACGUUAGGGCAUCUGUUAAGUGGAAAAUGGAUAGUGAAAAUAGUCACAUGAAGGAGAAAGAGCUUUCUAAGUGGAAGAAAAUCGCUCUUCAAAAUGAUCCUAUUGUUCCACCCAACUCUGAAAUUACAGAAGUUGACUCUUCUGCACCUCUUGAAACAAAGGUGGAGGACACUAAAGUUGUAGAGGAAAUCAGCAGAAAUGCUUUAAAUGUAGAAGAGGAUUCUAAAGAGAUUUCUAAAAAAUAUCUACACGACACACAGAAUUUACCCCAAGUAGAUGUUCAUGACAACUUUGUCUUCAUAGGCCGUUCAGUUUCAGGCCAUUCAGGUUCCCCUAAUACCAAGGAUAAAGCCAGUAGUCCUGUCUCACCUGUCUGUCCGAUGUCAGAGUGGAGAAGUAGUGAGGACCUCUGCAUUUCUUCUAGGAAGAUAGGUAGAACAUUGUCAAUGCCAGGCCAUUUAAGGAAAUGUUCUUGGAUAAAACUAAAAUCCAAUGGCUCAGCUAGUAAUACAGAAGGUGAAACUACUGAGUGCACUGACAAUCAAAAACCUGAUGGGUAUUUAAGGAGUGACAGAGCUGAGGUGGUGAUGAAAGGUUCUUGUUCUGUUUCUGCACAACCGUCUGAUGUACUGAAAUGGGACCGUUCCUCUGAGAAAAGGGAGAAUAGAGCAUCGGUAAAAUGGGAAAUGAGAGAUCUGGGUGGAACAUAUAACAAAGUCAAUCAUGUACAAGAAAGGCUAAAUGAUCCAAAAAAUAUCUCUGUGCUUGAAGAUACUCAAGAAUGCAGCAAAGAAAUGGUUAUUAAUACUUCUGAAAUGGAAUGUAUAGAGACUAUGGUCUGCCAGCCACAUAUAUCCCCUCCAUCAGCUAAGAACCAUGAAGAUUCUGCAGAGUCCAUUGUGACCAAUAUAGAAAAUACAAAGAACAGUAAUGAAGUAGCAAACUACAGUUAUAUAGACACAUGUGGCCAAACAUAUGCAGAGCCGCUCAGGCCAGUUUCACCAGACCAUAUUAGACAGACCGGCGGAGGCAAACCAAAUUUCCGGGAUGCAUCUGGGAAAAUACUGCGGAGAUGGACCUUCCCUUUUUCAGAAAGUGAAAAAACUAGUUCACCACAGGACACAUCUCAGGAAACAAAGCCAGAUUUUAAAAUCAUGGUGGAUGUUAAUGGACAAGACAACAGAAAGUGUUCCUCAACCAAAGGACAUAGAGUGAGAUUUGAGGAAAGUGUUAUCAUGGAGUCUGAGGUUGAGAAAACAGUCGGGACUGGUGAGCAAGGAAUUGUUCAUAGACAUAAUAAUAAAACCAUACCAAAUAAAAGUUUAAACUUUGCUCGAUGCUCAUGGACCGUCAUACCCAGUGAGCUAAACGAUGGAGCUAUUCAGGAAAAUGAAGGACUUGCAUACCUUGGAAGUGGAACGCAAAUGGACUCAAGUCUGGAGAAUGCACAGGAGGGAGCAGAAAUGCAUUUAGAUCAAAAUGAGAAUAUCACCGAACAUGCUGGCAGAACUGUACGGAUUACACGGAGGUUCAUGUUGGAUGGGAAGGAAAUGAAAGUGUCAUCUUGUAAGCGAAAAGCUGAUACAAGCAACAAAGAUAUGAAAGAGCGUUCAGUUAGGCGUCAAGAGCUUCAGCAAUUGAGACUGUUGCAGAAGGAAGAGAUGAAAGCCCAGAGUCAGCUGGAGCAAAGGAUGCAGAGGGAGAGGGAGAUCAUGUUCCGUCACAUCGAGCAGGAGAUCAUAGGAAAGAAGCAGUACUAUGAACGGGAGAUUGAGGCCCUGGAGAGACAGAUGGAGCAGACACGGACGCGGAGGGAGCAGGAGCACACCAACCGCCUGCGACAAGAUGCUCUACGUCUCCGAGCUCAGCACCAGAAGGAAAGGAGCAAGAGGAGGGCAGAUUUAAAGGACAAAGGGCAGGAGGAGAUGCUCUUUGUAGAGCAGCAGCAGGAGUUGAACGCAGCACUACAAAAAGUGGUCAAUGAACACAAGAAAAAGGUCAUAAGUAUUGAAAGAGAGAACCUCGGCAAAAUUCACAGCCUCAAAACUGCUCGUGAAUCUGUCAUUUUGAGAUUGGAGGAACGUCAUCUACAGGAGAAAUAUCAACUUUUCCGUCACCAGGUGGUUGAACAACACACUCUGCAAAGGCAGCAGCUACGCAAGAGGCAUGAGAAGGAAAUGGAGCGGCUCAAACAUUACCAAAGCAUCUUGCUGGAAGAGCUAAAGAAUCAGCAGCAGCAGGAAAGAUCUCGGGCGCAGAAGGCGCAACGUGCAGAGGCCAGGAAACGCCAGGCUAUGUUCAAAGAGAGAAUGAAGAGCCAAGGCAUGAGUAUAUCAGAGCAGAAAGAGAGGAACAAGCAGUUUCAGCAGCAGGAGACUGCCCGUCAGAAAGAGGAGACUCAGAAGCAGCAGCAGAGGCAAGAACAGGAACUGCAGAAGUUCAAGGAACAUCUGGAAGAAACCUUUAAGGAACUGACCCAAAUACACGAAGAAAAAGUAAGAACGUUGCAAGAACAGGAAACAAAGAAACUACAGCGACUGGAGGCAGAACACAGCAUGGAGGCUGAGCAGUGGAAGGAACGCCUGCAGCUUAGUAAAGAGAAGCUGGAAAGCGAGCUAGCCUUUAGACAGCACCAGAUCUCGGACACCGGAAAGCAGCUGCACAAGGAUCAUGACAAACGCUUUUCUUGGUUCUCGCCUUCUUGACAGCCAUGGGUGAAGAGGGACAUCAUUAAAAAAACACUCAUACAUUACCCUUAAGGCAAAUACCUGCUUGGCCAUCAUAAAUUGGAAACACUGUAUUUUGACUGACAAUAUUUUUAUUUUUUUUUCUAUUAGAUACAUAUAUGGGUGGGAACAAUAAAAAAUGUAAAAUGUCACAUAAAUACAUUAUUUACAAAUCCAUAUUCUGCUGUAGUGCGAACACUGACAGAAGAAUAAAAUUUCAUUUCUCA